CUUAUUAUUUUUUGGCAGUGUUGACUCUGAGGACUCCUUGAAUUGAGAGAUAUAUUGAAAAUUAUGUCUGCUAAUAUUUCUGUUUUAAUAAUCUUUACUUAACUUUGAUUUUAUGUCUUGCUUAUUUUCCAGCUAUAGAUGAACAAUUCAUUCGACCGGUCCUAUUCGUUCAACAGCAGCAGAAGUGGUGGUAGUUCCCCUCUGCCUUCUCCUGUACCUGCCUAUCAUGGCAACGCCACAGCACUGGCCAAAAGGUCCAAGUUCCUGCGCAGACUCGUCUAUUUCAAACACAUGGACUUUGAGUUUGCCCUAUGGCAAAUGCUCAGCUUGUUUGUUUCACCACAGAAAGUGUAUCGAAAUUUCCAGUACAGAAAACAGACAAAAAAUCAGUUUGCCAGAGAUGAUCCUGCAUUUUUAGUACUGCUUGGAUUUUGUCUUGUUGUUUCUUCUAUUGGUUUUGCUGUUGUCCUCAGGCUGUCUUUCUUGAGCUUCCUCAAAUUCCUUUUAUGGAUUAUCUUCAUUGACUGCAUUGCUGUUGGAAUCCUCAUAUGCACAUUUUUCUGGUUUGUGUGUAGCCGAUACCUCAAGAAACCACAAUGUCGUGACCAAGAUGUUGAAUGGGCAUAUGCAUUUGAUGUCCAUUUGAAUGCUUUUUUCCCUCUUCUAAUCAUUUUGCACAUAUUUCAACUCUUUUUCUAUCAUUUGUUAAUCAGUCAUACAUUUAUAUCAAUUGUUGUUGGCAACACAUUUUGGCUCAUAGCGUUAGGAUAUUAUUUUUAUAUCACUUUCCUUGGUUACAGUGCUUUACAUAUAUUGGAGAACACACAAGUGCUGCUAUACCCACUUCCCAUUGUAGGACUACUUUACAUCAUAUUCUUCAUUGUGGGGUAUAAUGUCAGUCUUGAUGUCAUGAACUUUUACCAGUAUCGUGUCUUGUGAUAGUUAUUUAUUGUUAUUGGCUGAACAAAGAAUUGUACAUAGAAACUGCUUAUAUGUUCUGUAUAUAUGUUAUCUUUUAUUUUGUAAUUAAUAAAUAUGUAAAAAUUAAAAUCUUUUUCUAUUCAUG